AUGCAGAGACGCAGAGAUGCAGAGAUGCAGCAGCAGAUGCAGAUGCACUCUGGUGCAUGUACGGUAGUGGUGGUGGAGGAGGAGGAGGAGGAGGAGAAGGGAGAGGAGGAGGAGGAGGAGGAGGAGCAAGACAAAACCAAGGGUGGAGAGAAUGAGGCUAAGGAUGAGGGAGGCCCGGCCGACCCGGCUCUUGCCAGAAUGGCUCUCACAACCAACAGCCUGGUGGACGGCGAAUGGGUCACCAGAACUCUUGAUCUCAACACCGUACUCCGGCACUACGAUCAGCAAGACAAAGAUGCUGCCGCUGCCUUUACAGAAGUUGAAAGAGCCCCGAAACUGGGACUGCUUACCCAGACUGUUAUCCGGAGUCCUCUGGUACACUGGGUCCUUCCCAUAAGGCUAAGAGACGACAAGACUCACGAUGUAGCUUUCGUCGGCGAUGACUUCGUCCAGAUCAAGGAACUACGAUCGGAUGGCCUCCUCUGGGACGUGAUCCGGAAAGAAGACUUCGGUGCUCGCAUACGAAAUGCCCUGGUGGUCGGGUCAGUCAAAGCAUAUGAAAAGGACCCUGAUGUCCUUGCCUUUACCAAGAUCAAGACUGAAGAUGGAGAUGAGGAUGCCCAAAUGACUGGUGGUGAGACUGUACCGUCGUCUUUAUCUGGAAACCGACUCCCUCCCCAAUUCUUGUUGCUCCAAUUAGACACCGGAGACUUGGGAUUCUUGAUGCUCAACCGAUCAGAGAACGGGAAGCUCGAUUUUGUCUCAACCAGGUAUCGAGUAUCGAAACCGAUGCUUAGAUUACAACCAGGUAUGCAUCUUGCCGUAGAUCCGAGUUCGAGAUAUAUGGCCGUGGGUUGUUCCGAAGGCGUCUUUGCAAUCUAUUCCUUACAGUCCAGAGAAACUUUGCAAGAACAGUAUCUGGAAGGCUCCCCUCUCCGAUUCGUUGAAAGUGAGACGCAACACUACUUCAACGGUGUCAUUUUGAAGAUGGAAUUCUUGCAUCCGGCCGCUGACGAUGAAGAGCAUAUCAUCCUGCUCGUUCUGAUGGUCAUCAAGGGCAGAACACGAAUGCUUAUCUAUGAAUGGGCCACGGGAAGCGAUCUCAAGAAGGUCACCCCCCGGAGUUCCAAGGGUUACCUGCUGGAGAAAGCGCGUCAGAUGCCACUCCUGCUUAUCCCUUUGACGAUCAAGUCGUCAUUCAUUCUUGUAUAUGAGGAUUCCAUGGCGGUAUGCCAGGGCAUUCUCCAUGGAAACCCUAAAUUCAUCGACUUCAAUAACAGAAUCGACAAACCAACAGCCUUCCAUCACGGCUCAGAGAACCCGUUGUGGACGGCCUGGACCCGGCCUUCACGGUUGGAGCGUCACAAGGCAACUCGUGACGAUCUAUUCAUUGCGCGAGAAGAUGGGUUGAUCAAGUUCCUUGAAAUCGAUUCUGAAGAUGACGAUGUUGUUACCGCUGACCACAACAUUGGCGAAUUCGAAGCGAAUUGUGGAACGGCCUUAGCUACUCUUGACUAUCCCAACAAGAAUCGCAAAAGUGGUGAUCUAUUCAUAAUGGGGGGAGAUUCCUGUCCGGGGGGGACAUAUUUGCUCCAAGCAAGGAAACUCCCAGUCCUGACAGAGCCCAUUCAAAAUUGGUCCCCUGCCCAUGAUUUUGUGACCACUCACAAUCCUCGGGUCCAGAAUCCAAGCUCCAAUGCAGCGGGACUCAUGAGGAAAACGGAUAUUGUUCCUAAACCAGAUCGCAUAUUCACUUGCGUGGGCAAAGGAGCCAGAGGGGGCAUCACCGAACUCAGGCAUGGGCAUGAGGCCAGCAUUGGCCUGGAAGUGGAAUACGAUGCUACUAUCAUGUACGCCUGGGCACUGUCCCCAAACCCCGACCGUACAAAUCCAACUACUCCUUAUCUAUUCCUCCUGUCAAUGGGAGAUCGUUCUGGGGUGCUGAAAAUGUCGGCUGACGCGGUUGAAAUUGUGGAUUUGGAUGAGAGCGAAACGAACCUUGAUCUAGGUCAUCGGACCAUUCUGGCUGUCACAAGAGGAAAUUUCAUCGUCCAAGUGACGGAAAAGUCAAUCGUGGUCACGGAUGGCUCCACAAACCACAUAUAUCAGGUACACGAAAUGCUCAAAGUUCACAGCAAAGAAGCUGUCUGCGAGUCUAAGAUCGAUCACGCGACGGUCAGCGAGAGUUUCGUUUUGUUCACGACUCGCCUUGAAGAUGUCGAUAACUUCAGCUAUCUUCAAGUCCUGGAUCUCCAGUUCCUGACGAGUGACAUGGAAAUUGACAGUGCUACUCCCCACACAAUAGGACAACUUCCGUAUGAUGUCACGAGCAUUUCCGCCGGGCAAAUAGGGGGAGCUUUAUUCGCCGUUGUGGCUAGCGGAAGAAAGCCGGAUCCUAUCACUCUGACAUUUCAACCUACAACCGGUAGUCUCCUCACGCAGUCCGUUCUCACACAUCGGUAUGAAAACAAUUUGGAUUGCAUCGAUUCGAUCGUUAGCAUGUCGUUGCUGCCGACAGAGGUUGGCCUUGACGUCGUCUUGCUAAUCUGUGGUACUCGGAAUGGCUUCGUAGUUGUUUUUGAGAUCAACAAAACAACGUUCGCGAUCGUUCCAACGCAUGUCAAGCUUAUAGGGGCCACGUCUGCUAUUGUUAGCAAAUCAGAAUCCUCUGAUUUAGGUUCCGCGCUGUUCGUGGAUUGCGACUCAAAAGGCUAUGUUCUGACACCCAGGAUAAGCCAAACUCGAGGAGUAAUAUCCGGGCGAUACACUCAAGCUUUAGAGAUCAACCAAAUAUGGCUGACUGACGCCUUGAGGCCAGGUCUUCAGCAGCCUACUGUUACGUCUCUUGCGAGUAUGCGGCCUCUUACCGGGGGCACCUGUGGCAGCCUCCUUGUGAUUUCUGGCUCUCGAUUGCUGAUAACCGGUCUGAGCGCUCAGGUUAAGCCUGUCACUCGACACCUGGCUGUAGGUGGGACUCCAAAUCGCCUGAUGUACUCUCAUGAUUUGGACGUCCUUGUUGUUGCAGCGACGGUAGGUGGCAAGUCAACAAUUCUUUUCAUUGACCCUGACAGCGGAGAUGAUAUCUCCAGACCCUUGGAGGAAAAGACCAAAGACCCUGUGGACUUCAUCCCCGGGCUGGGAAAUUUUAAUGAAAAGAUUUUCAGACUGUUCGAGUGGUCAUACACGAAAGACAGCAGGACCUGGAAGUUUGUCAUUGUAUCGACCAGUACAGGACGGCUUCUUAUCAUAUCAAUACACGAAGAGAACCAGACCCUCGCCGCCUCCCUACCAAAAGGGGCAACUUCUAAGAGGAGAAUAUGUUACUCUAUCCGUCACAUAUUCAAGCACCAUGAGCCAGUCUACUCCGCAACGGGGCUUCCAGAUGGUCUGCUUUGGGGCGCAGGUCGUAAACUUUUCUACGAUGUUCUCGACGUGGGCAAGAAGAAAUUCAGGCGCGUUGCGGAAUGUGACCUUCCAUCACCUGCCAUAAAUCUAUCUUACGAAAACGAAACAAUAUAUGCGCUUACCAGUUGUCACUCUUUAGAAAUAUUCAAACUGCUCUCUGACACCGCCGGUGGAUUCCAACUUGAGCGUACGCAUGGUGACCAGCUUGCCCGCGAUUCACUACAUCACUUGGCAGUGAGCAGUUCUUCUCAACCUACGAUACACCUAGUCUCAGACAAACUAUCUUCCGUCGCCGGACUCUGGUCGACUUAUAAUACCAAAGCCGAUACCCUGGAGCCGGUAUUUGAGGCAGCCCUGCCGUUCUCGAUAUUACGGUUUCGAUUUGCGCAAUGUCGGCCCGUAUGGGACCCUAUCUGGAAGCAGCGGCAGACACCUAUGAGAUAUGGAUCGCAACCUCAAACAUUGCCAAAUUUCGACGUGGACGACCGUGAAGUACUCGGACUAUCUAUCUCCGGAUCACUCAGCCAUUUUGCCAUCCUCGAGUUCAAAACAUGGAGGCUGUUGAGAUUCAUUGUAGACUUGUGCCUUAGAUCCUCUGAAAUCUGCGAGUUCACGUACAAGGAUGAUCCGAUGCCUGUGGAUACUACGACUGAGCCCAAGGUCAUGAUGCAUAUCGAUGGCGAUCUGCUGAAGAAGUGUGUGAAUAACCGGGCUCUGGACAAGCUUCUGCUCCUCGAAUCAGAGACAGAAGAAUCAAAGCGCUUGUUGAAGAGGUUCGUAGCUCUUCUCCAAGACGUACACAAUGGAAGUUUGGAGAAGGAUGCCACGCCCUCGGCCUACAUCGGCCAGGCAUACUCAGACAUGGAGUAUUACCUUCGACCGGUGGUAUAA